CCUUUUUGAAUGUUAGGCAUACGGUUCAUUGUUGAUUAUGAACGUCUGACCCGGCCCAGUGAUAGAAAUAGUAUGCAAUGUUUGACACCAUGAAAAGAGAUAUGUGCACAACUUGUACGUUUUCAUUAUGGACACGUUAUUUUUAACGAAUGAGUGUUUUAUGCAAUGUGAUGUGGGCCAAUGGCCUUAAACACUGAAUAAACUUACUUAUAUGGACUUACUAACUUACAUUUUUACUUUUACCGAACGCCCUUGUUUCAGGGCAUGCUCAGAGGUGAUUUGACCAACAAAACAAGAACCAUUUUCUAAAUCACUCACUUUUGUUGAAAUUCUUUUUCGGAAGGCUCACACUGCAGUUAAGAAAUCGAAUUGGAAGCAACACAGCUCACCUGAAGUGAUGUAAAGGGAAGUAAAGAUUGAUGCAUCUGUGCUCUUUUUAAGUUAGCGCUGACAAAAUGUGGGCCAAUGGCCGGCUUAUCCCACGAUCGCGUGGGACCCGAAAACUUCCUUUGUGUUUUUGAAAUGAGGAAAAAGUUUGCUCUGGGAACAGCGAUUGUGAUUUGCAAAUACUUGGUCUUGGUGGUACUGUUGAUAAUAUGGAGAGGAGCAGGUGAGCUGGGACACAGAAUUUCUUUAGAGUUUUUCGGCCAUUGGCAUAAAACUAUGCGAGCAAUGUUUUCGAAAAUGUUUUUAUUACAACUAAAAACUGAUUUUAUUUUCGGUACUAGCGCAUUAAAAUAAUACGCAAAGUGGCCGGCGAGAAUCGUGAUUUGAUACCAUUUGAACUCCAUCCAGCAAAUUAGUUUUUUAAAUGGUUAAUUUUGAAUCUGAAGUAAUGUAUCAAGGUCUGCGCUGUGAAUUUGAGGUCAACGCCUUCAUGCAGAUUGCGGGUUCGGGGGCUCGAGCCUCAGCUCAGUCCAAAGUUGUUUCCUCGAGAAAGGCGAUUUACAGGAAUUUCCCACAUGGUUCAGUCCUUUCGGAGAGGGACGUUAAACUCGGAGGUCCCGCCUAUUAAAUAACCUAAUGGCGUUGAAAGGGGAGUUGAACCAAUACCAUUUCACAAUUUUCACAAUUUUCACCAUUUUCACAUUUUUUAGUUAAAUAUACUAUUUAAGAAAUCCCAAGACUAGCAUGUUUACUGCAGAUUGAAUCGUUACAAUUGCUUAUUUCCGAAAGUGGGAAUGAAAUUCAAAUGAGCUAUUUUUCUCGAUUAUUUUGUUUGGUGUAUAUAAACAAGCUUCAGCGGCUGAAUCAUUUUCGAUAGAAAACACUUCCACCACAGGGCACGUCAACCACGGGAUACUAAGCUUGAGACAAGGAUGGGUGCAUAUUCAUAUUACUAUUUUUGUGUGGAAAUCUAAUUACUGGAAUUUGUCACUAAAAAUGAAAAUUUUUAAUUUUUUUUUUAAACCUGAAAAAAUAAUGUUGAUGAUUAAAAUUAUGAUUGAAAAUGGAGACAAAAUGUAACGUGUAUCUGUUCUAGCUGUAUCCGAUACUGUGUGCGCGAUUACGCCACGUUAGAAGACUGCGACAAAGAUAACAGCUCAAUACGGCAAGUAAUAUGAAACAUUGAGGUCAACCGCCGCUGUUCCUUUAACCAGCCCACAAGCGAACAAGAUCUAGGCCUAGCCCCAGGUUGUCGUUUUGUAUGCACCAGACUGCCGCAAAGAGGCCCAGCGUUAUCACAGUCACCGCUUCACUCCUGUACAGUGUACAGCUGCUGACAUUGCUGGCUCCUGCUUUGGUCGGCUGGGAUUAUUUUCAUACCUACCUAUUCUCUUCCAUUUAUUAUACUGGACAAGGGACAUGCUGGGAUACUUCUAAAAAUACUUCCAAACUUCUGUGAUGUUGAUUCAAACACGAUGACAUUCCGCGUCCAGCGUCGUCUGCUGUCGUGGCACGGCCUGCUGACCCUCGCCAUCUGCAUACCACUGGCCGUGCUGUUGUUGUGUCGCCAGCUGUUGUGCCGACCAACGAAACCCCGGUACCAGGUUCGUCGAGAUUGGCGGGAACUCCCAGACACGCCAGGAAGUUUGUCGUUCCAAGAAAAGUUCUUACUUUGGGACAGAUUCAACGCCCCACCAGGGUUCGGACCAUACGCUGGAAGAAAUAGUGACCGUUACCUCAUCUACCGGUGCGACUCUGAGUCUAUGUCGGGCUGUGGUGGGUGGGCCGACAGGUUGAAGGGGAUCCUGCUCGGCUACAAUAUAGCUAAUCUGACAGGUCGGGCGCUAAAAAUAGAAAUUCUGAAACCAAUGUGCGAUCUGUCCUUAUAUUUGGCCCCUAAUAAGGUGGAUUGGCUCCUACCUAGCACGUUUUCUCCAAAGCCUCAUGAGUACAGGACUGUUAUUCUUACGGACAGCCGAGACUUUAAGUACACCAUUCACGAACAGAACUUUGACACACUGUUUCAGCAGACAAAGCAUGUCUAUUUCCAGGCAAAUUUGGAUUACCUCACUGGUUUGCGAGAGACUCUCGUCUACCCAAAGGAACUAUCUUGGAUGAGAUACACGUCGCCCUCAGAUAUCUACGCCGCUUUAUACAAACAUAUCUUUAAAUUAACACCACAUCUACAGGGGGAACUUCAGGCUCUUCUGUCUGCCCACUUGCCCUCAAAGAAUCAUCGGCUUGUCUGCGCGCACCUACGUAUGGGCAUAAAUCCCUCAAACCACCUCGACUCCGUAACCAUCAACUCUGUCUCGAACUUGCCGCAAGUCUGGGACUUCCUGAAGGAGCAUGCGCCUGCGCAGAGUGACGUGGUGUUUGUGAUGAGCGACUCCCAGCAGGUUCUUAACAUGGCGCUGCAGCAAAGUUUCCGGGACAGAGUGCUCCUCAUUCCCGGCUCUCUCCACCACGUAGACCGAUAUAAUGAACACACACGCCCGGAGGACAUGUGCUCUGCCUUCCGCCGCCUCAUUCUCGAGUUUCAUCUGCUCGUCAACUGUCACGUUUUGCUCAAGUCCAAGAGUGGCCUCAGCAAUCUCGCUUCUUCCCUCAGAGGGACGGAUCGAGACCUCUUUUACUUCCACAGGAACGGUUCUAUUACACCUACUGGACGGAAUGACUUUGCCUUUGUACCUUGAUUGAUGCAAGCCAGGGAUUUCGUUUUGGCCUGUUUCUUAUUAAACGUAUUUUUUAUAAUAAUGCUAUUUAUUACGUGGGCAUGCUCAUCAACUAUCAUCAUCAUCAAUGUCUUUCGCCCCUGGCAGGGUAUAGGCCACAUACAAGCUCCCUCCAAUUAUCUCUGUCCUGGGCUAUCCUUCCAAGCUCGGUCCAAGUGAGCUUAAUCUCUCUCAUGUCCCUUAAGACACAUCCACCCCAUGUUUGUCGUGGCCUACCCCUGCCUCGUGCUCCCUGUGGGUUCCACUACAGCGACUGUCUUGUAAUGUUUCCGCUCUGCUCUCUGAGGGUGUGUCCCAUCAAUCGCCUCUUUCUUAUCCCUAUUUCUACUGCUAUACCUUUAUUUUUGUUUUGUCCUUUCCCACAGUUCUUCAUUUCUUAUUCUAUCUUGCCACUUAAUGUUCAAGAUACUCCUCAUACAUCUGUUGAUGAAAGCCUGGACUUUACUCAGCACUGUCUUUGUUGUUUUCAAAGUUUCGAAGCCGUAGAGGAGCCCAGAAAUGACUAGAGUUAAAGAACGAAUCUUGGUGCGCCGUGAAAUAUUGCAUGCUUUCCAACACCCCUUGAUAAGCUGUUCAGCUCCUUGGUCUUUUCCUGCUUGUGAGCAUGUGUGUGAGAAAGCAGCGCAAGGUCAUCGACGAAGUCCAAGUCGUCCUGCUGCUGCCAAGGGGUCUUCUGUAUUCGAUUACGCUUGCCCCUGGUGGCUUCUUUCUUGACCAAGUCGAUUGCCAGUAAGAAGAGAAAAAGAGAGACAAGCAUCCCUGUCGCAAUCCUGUCUGUACUUGGAAUGAUUCUGAGAGAUGUCCUUCAUGGAAGACUUGGCAGUUUGUUCCACAAGGUGGCCUUCACAAGCUUGACGAUUUUGCCAGCUAUUCCAUAAUGCCGCAUGAGUUUCUACAGAGUUCCCCUGUCUCUGCUGUCAAAUGCCUUUUCAUAAUCAAUGAAGUUGACCACGAGUUGUGAAUUCCAUUCAAGCGAUUGCUCAACAAUGAAACGAAUAGUAGCGAUCUGGUCCACACAUGAUCGGUUUUUGCGGAAUCCUGCCUGGUUUCCUCGGAGCGAACUUCUCAUCUGUUGGCAGCUUGAUUCUCUCCAGGAGUUUCCUGUUAUAGACGUUCCCCGGUAUGAACAGAAGUGUUAUACUUCUGCAGUUGUUACAAUUGCUGAGGUCUCCCUUCUUUGGCAGCUUGAUUAGGUGGCCUUCCUUCCAGUCCAGGAAAGCGCAAA